CUCCAGUGAUUCCUCCCUCGCGGUCAGCUACCUGAGGAGAGCCCUUUCUGGACUGGAGGUUCCUACAGUGUCUGACUCAACGUCCAUUUCAAGAGUUUAUCCACACAUUCUCUAAGGAUGUCAUACCUUCCCAUUCUAGAGUAAGAUGGAUUCCUUCUAUCUUUGGAUCUUCCUGGGCAUCCUGGGCUUUGGCCUCUCCAUCAUGUUCUGCACGACCUUCUGCAGGGCGUGCAGCCGCAUAAGGGAGGAGCAGAUAGAGAGGGAGGUGUGGAGACGCAGUGAGCAGGACGGGCGCCCUCCUUCGAUAUAUUUCAUCCCCUUCCCUAGAAACAUAUCACAGCAGGACGCUGAAGAACACCUCAGGGUGCCUCGCUACAGCCAGGAGCUCCAGUCACCCCCACGAUAUAGCACUGAUGCCUACUGUGGGCCCCCACCUUCCUAUAAUGAGCUGGGAAUUAAGCCUGAAGAUCUUCCCCCUGCUUACACAGAAUAUAAUGCUCCUGCGUGUCCCAUCACCCCACCACCUCACAUAGAUAUGGUUCAACCACAAACACAGUCACAACAAUAAGCCAGGACCGUCUCACUGUGCCUUUAUUGAGGUUAUGGACAGUCUUGAUUAUUGGACUGCCUCAUGGACUUGGGUGAGCUGGUACUGGAGUUUAUAACGUUUUAAAGAUUCUUUUUUAUUGUGAGCUUUUAUUUUUAUUGUGGUAAUGAAUGUGUCGUUGGCACAGAGGGGAUUAUAGCUGCAGAGAUGGCACCAGGCUUACAGCUACAACGUCAUAGUAUACAGCACAUUCUCUGAGCCACUAAAACACUUAAGACCCAAAAUAGAUUUUAUUCCCAUGUAUGAUGACUGUUAAAAUGGGAUCUUUGUGCAUAAUUUCUCCACUUGCUUUUGUUAUCUCCAACAAGAAGGUUAUGCUUUUGGUCCGGUUUGUUUGCAUUUCUGUCUGUCUUUUCAUUAGCAGGAUAUUUCAAAGGUAUUUGUAAAAUUAGAUGCAAGUGUGAAUCUAAUGCUGCCACCAUGUGGCCAUUUAGCACUUUGUUUUGGCUCAUGUCUUCUGAAUCAUGGGGUCCAUGGUACUUCCCUGGACUCCUUUUUCCUGCAUGUAUUAGUACCAGUAGAGAUUUUCCAUUAAAUAUUUCUGCACCACUUCUACCAAUUUAUUAUAUCUUCACAAAAUCUGGUACAUUUACACAGUAUAUCUGUAUGAGCUGCAUAUAGUACAAUUUUUCCAUAAACCAGAUUUAGAUUACAUAGAUUAAUUCUGUGCAGUCCUACAAAACAUUAUGGUAUUUUGCUGAUAGGUGGCACAACAACAUGAUGAAUUGAAAUGGCCAUAACUCAGUUUUCUAUGAGUCACUUGAUUUCCCAAGCACAAUUUAUCUUACAAUUUAUCCUGUACAGAACCCAAACAUGUUUGCCAAAAAAUCAUGGGCACUAUCAUCUACUUAUUUUAAUACAGAUGCUGAUCCAGAUGCUGGAUGUUUGUUUCAUCAAAGGUUUAGGCUUUUUUUUUACUUGUAGCAGUUGCUCUCAGAGAUGUAUUCAUGUUGCCUUCAAAUUAAGAAAGACUUUCAGAAAGACUUGAUGGUCCAAAGCAACAACUUUUUCUCAGGUAAUUAAACUUGACUUAAGUUUUCUGUAGAUUUUGAUAUGAUUAUGUUGUGUCAUCACUUUAUUGAGAGUCAUGGCCUGAAAUUGGGUUGUAUUUUUUCUUCGCUUACUUUAUUUUUGGCGGCAUUAGAUAAACCCACUGCGUAAUUAUGGGGUUCCAGAGUAUUUACCUGAAAGCUGAAGCAGUAUUUGAAGGUCAGAGGUGUGCUCUAUAUCUAUAUCUAUAUACUUUAUAUAGACAACACUUUAAAUGAAAUGUGUAAAUGAGUAAGUAGUAAAUAAGAAUGGUUUAAAUCUCAGGACAAAAUGUAUAUAUAUAUAU